AUUCUGCCAUCUAGCAGCUCACCUUGAUGAAAGUGAAAACUGACUCAGUAUACCUCGCGAUAUGACAAAUACAAGAAGUUAGUUACAUUUGACAAUGAAUUCUAUUAUGUUUUCAUGUGAUCUCAAGAUAUAAUUCAAAGCGUAUUAAACUGUUACAGUUGUUUAUAAUUCAAUGACAAAAAGAUUAAAUAAAACCAUGAAACUCCACAUAUCACUCCUGAUUCUGUCACUCCAUCUCACUGUAGCCGAAUAUAUUCCACCCGGCCCCCUCUAUAGAUGCCCAAAGGAAACGCUGCUCCUGUACCCCUGCACGUGCGACUCUGAAUCCGAUAACGGGAUAACAGUUAGCUGUAACAACACCAACCUAGCUAGUAUGAGCAUCGGACUCAACAAUCUGGCAACUUUCAGGCUACCAAUCGAAAAGCUAACAAUUUACAAGUGUCAUAUCGGUAGACUGUACGGCAGCCUUCUCUACAAGCUCAAUCUUAAAGUGUUGCAUGUGGAAGAUACUCCUGUAGAAAUAAUCGAAGAACACACUUUUCUGGGGGUGAAUAACACGUUGAACGAAUUCCAUCUGAAAAAUGCUUCAUUGAAAGAGUUUCCCACCCUUGCGUUCAAGAUUUUAGGUAAUUUGACAGUUCUCAACUUGGACGGGCACAAGAUGGCGGAAUUGCCCAAAGAUGCAUUUGCAGGAAGUAACAUGACAGGUACUCUGUUUAGACUUCAUAUUACAAAUGGAAAUCUGUCAACGCCGCCCCCAGAAAGUUUACAGCCGCUGAGGAGGCUUAAAAAGCUAGACCUUCAUGGUAAUCGAAUCAAAGACUUGAAAAGGAACCAAUUCAAGGGGCUAAGGGAUGUAGAAAUAUUGGAUCUGAGUUUCAACGAGAUUCCAAAAAUUGAUGGAUCUCAUCUGUCAGAUUUGACCAAAUUGUCGUUCCUCAAUGUUUCGAAUAAUAAACUUAAAGAAAUCACCAGGGGAGCAUUCGCUAGAAACACGGUUUUGAAAGUUCUCAACGUGUCUUUCAAUCAAAUCAAGAAACUUGAUCAGAAUUCUUUCAGAGGAAUGAGGUUCCUGCGGAGACUGUACCUUUCAGAUAAUGUUAUUUCUGAUAUCGGUAGGGGCACUUUCGAAUCUUUGAAGAGGAUAGGAACCAUCGAUCUGGCCAGAAAUUUACUUAAAAAAAUAGAUUAUCAGAUGUUUUACCAGCUUAAUUUCAUAGAGAUAUUAGACGUUUCGGAAAACCAAAUAACCGAAAUACAAAAGUUAGCUUUCAAGGAUAUUUUCUUGGCCAGAAUAAUUUUAUCUAAAAAUAAAAUAAAUAAGAUCGAAAACGGGGCAUUUGAAAAUUGUGCGAACAUAACCUUCCUGGACUUGUCAUUCAAUCAACUGGCUAACCUUCCCAAGAAUGCUUUCGAUGAAACUACCUAUGCCACUGAGUUGCAGCUAUCUCAUAAUUUCUUCAGUAAUUUAUCGCAGAUUCCUCUACACAACAUGACAGGAAUCAAAAUCCUCAACGUCUCCCACAACUUCAUAACCACCAUCCCGAGAAAAACUUUCCCCAAACUCUACGAACUCCACACCAUAGACUUAUCGUACAACAACCUCACCGAUAUCUUCAACGCUGUCUUCCAAACACUCUUCUCCUUGAGAUUCAUUGAUAUGAGCCACAACAACCUCGUUACCAUUAAACCGGGAGCAUUCGGAUCUCUUCCAACGCUUCUAGAGCUGGAUUUGAGCUACAACAACUUGGAAAGUGUAGCAAAAAGUGCUUUUGCGAGGAUUUCUGGUGCUAGGAAACUGACGCUCAGAGGCAACAAGCUGAAGGACCUGUUCCAGCUUCCAAUUUCUGUGUCUCACUUGGAUCUGUCUCACAACGAGUUCGAGAGAUUUCCACCAGAAGCAUGGCCUAGUAUGAAUUCUUUGCUGAGUUUGGACCUGAGCCACAACCAUUUUGGAGACAAUUUGGGUCAAGGGAACUUCGCCAACCUACUUACGCUGCAGAGGCUCAAUUUGAAUUAUAAUGGUGUUCAGCAUCCUCCUUGGGUGCCCUUGAGUGAUCUCACUUCCCUGCAGUAUUUGUAUUUAGAGGGAAACAAUUUGACAAAACUGGAAAGGAAUGCAUUUGGAAAACUUCCAGUAAUCUUUGAAUUGAAUUUGGCCAAUAACAACAUCAGCAACAUAACUUCAAGAGCGUUCGAAGGGCUUCUUCAGAUUCUUGUUCUCAAUUUGACAAAUAACAAUCUCAAAUACAUCCCAACUGGAGCAUUCCAAGGUUUGGUAGCUCUUCAGAAUUUGGAUCUUUCCCACAACAAAAUAGUGAAAAUGGACAACAAAACUCAUGGAGUGCUUGAUGACUGCCUAUCUCUGGAAAAGGUUGACUUGAGUCACAACAAGAUCAGUUUUCUAUCCAGAAAAUUUUUCCCCAGCAAUCCUUAUAUCCCGUACAAACUGAGGGAUGUCGAUCUUUCCUAUAACUUGAUGCCAGUGUUAACCGCUGACCUAACAGUUGGAACCUCAAAGGUUGAGAAGUUGAAUCUAUCCAAUAAUGCUAUUGCUGAUAUCAGAACUGGAGUCAUUGGAAACCUCACUCGCCUGCGAUCUUUAGAUUUAUCGAAUAACAAGUUAUACGACCUCACAAGUGAUAAAGAGUUCUUCAGGUUGCCAGAUAACAUUUCAGAACUUUAUUUGAACGGAAAUAUACUGGAUGAUCUACCGUGGAAAUAUUUGAGAGAUGCUAAACAGCUAUCCGUUCUAGAUUUAAGGUUCAAUCUCUUUCAACGGUUUGUUCCAGAACUCAUCGAGAUAGUGAAGAACAAGGUUGAUGUUUAUUUCGAAGAAAAUCCACUACACUGCGAUUGUUUCUUGCGACCGCUCACGAGGUAUUUCAGGAGCCAACUUUUCCUGAAACCAUUUUAUAAGACGGUUAGAUGCAGAGGACCUUCAUUCCUAGAAAAUCAUACCUUGUAUGAUCUUCCUGAAGAAAGGCUGAAUUGUCCUAUAAACGUGAACACUUCCAUGCUAAUCAAGCAAUCAGCUGAGGAUUACGACAUUUUAUCGGAUCUGAAAUUCAGAGAGUUGUCACAGAGAAAAGGUGUGUAUAAGGUCAAAUGGCGCGUUAUGAAAGAAUCUGACAUAGCAGAUACGGAAGUCAUCAUCAGAGAUAUGAUGAAUGCCCAAAAUCUAGUGUUCAAGGCUACUAUACCAUAUUUCAAGAGAUCUUUGGAGAUAGACUCCAAUAAGAAUUUCAGAAAAGAAAUCAAAACCGGAGGAUACCAAAUUUGCUUGUUGGCUAAAAAUAGUUAUAAUGUUAUCAACAAUUUCUACGAACAACAAUGCAAAGAUUUAUCAAUGACGAUUUCGUCUGCUGAGAGAGUUUACAGUGUAACGAGUACUGUGUAUGUUUUUCUUCUUUCUGUUAUUGUUUUGAACGUGUUUAUUUAGAAUUAUAUGUUUCGUUGAUACAAAUUUG